AUGCAGCAGAUCACCACCGACCUGCAGCAUUGCAAUAAAGAGUUGCAAUCUUUACAACAGAAAAUUGAUGAAAUUUCUUCCGAAGAACACUACGUUCUUGAAGCCUUACAAGCUAUUUCAAAAACCACCCAGGAAGCGCAAACCCGGGUCGCGCUUGAAGAGCUGUCAGUUAAGGUGCUUGAUAUAGAAAAGCGCAUGAAACAAGAAGGUCUGGAAAACCUUUCAAAAACCGUGGAAGAACUUACCGGACUUAAAAAACUGCUGAGUAAAGAAGUGGAGUUACUCAGAAACUUAUCCGCCCAUGAAAUACGGGAAAGCCGUACCUUAAGUGCUGAAGUGGUGGCCGACAAUACAGAGAUUAAAGCCCUGGCUCUGGAGUUUGAGGAAGAAAUUCAAGUGUCACGCGUGGUUAUUGAUAUCGCGUUAGUGGUGGUCAUUAUUUUAGUUGUGAUAGCCAUGUCUCUGUUAACUGUAGCGGUAGUUACGCCAGUGAUUCAGGCUAUGAAAGUGGCGCAAGACGUAGCGAAAGGCGACCUCUCUAAAGAUAUUCAAAUUAAUUCCAAUGACGAAAUAGGCAAAUUGCUUAUUGCUAUGAAGGAUAUGCAAUCGGAAUUGCGUCAGGUAAUUGAUGGCGACGUGCAAUCCCUGGUGUCAGCGGCGCAACAAGGCGACCUGAGCAACCAGAUAAAUAUCACUGACAAGCAAGGGUGUUAUAAAACCUUAUGCAGCGGCAUUAAUGAACUGGUGAAAGUAUCGGAGGCAGUCGUUGAAGAUACCAGCCGGGUGAUGCAGGCAUUGUCUGAGGGCAAUUUGAAUGAAAAAAUUACACGCGAAUAUCGCGGUGAAUUUAAUAAACUGAAAAUCAGCGCCAAUGAUACUGUUGAGCAAUUAAAACGGGUGAUCGAAGGGGAUAUACAAACCCUGGUAGG